GAGUAGCAGCAGGGAGGGAGUUAUUCUUUUCCUGCUUGUCUCUGUCGAAUAGGCUGAAAUCUUUCGACGGCGAUACGUGUGCUUGAUGACAGUGCUUGUGAAGUGAUGUGUUCGCCCCUUCGAAGUAGUGUUCAGCAUAAUAUACACGAGGUAAACGCACUCGGCAACACAGGAGCAGAAGCCGCCCCUCGGAUGCGUCAUCGGCGUCGACGUCACUGUGCAGUUGCCAGCGAGGAUAUUUUGGCCAGUUAUUAUUUGGAAAAACGUUUUGAAACUGUGCACUUCACACGUUGACCUCGGGGCUGCAAACGGCGUUGAACAGCAGCAGCAAUAGGAAAUAUAUGUGAACAUCUCAGAGUUUGUGACAUGUGGACAAGCAGUUGACAUCUGGCUUGCGUAGUGCUAUAAAUAGAUUGUACUCCUUUUAGCAUACGUACCAAGCCGAGCGUGUCCACGGGACUGAAUGAAAGCAGGAUUCCAUCUCCAACGCCGUAGUGCGCUAAAUGAGAUCACCUUUCCCUUAAGCUCGAGCAAUGGCGGCCUUUAGGAUCACAUCAUAACGAGUUGGCAACAAUGCGAGUCAGAGAGGAUGAUGGCGGCUCCCUGUGUGGCCUUCACGCCGGUGCCAAGCGGAUCUCCGUGUUCGUGUCCGGGAGUGGCCUCUCUCGCCAGGUCAGUGGAGGUCAUGACCUGUAAUGAGGACCCCCGCAUCACUUCCACAACGGCGGAGACGGGACGCGACCUGAUCCUGGCGGCCUUAAGGGUGACGUCGAGUGACCACGGUCUGCCCACGCUGAGGGUCGUCCCGGGGGACCUGGCCUACCUGGCGGAGGGGGCGGACCACAUGGUCGUCAGGCUCCUCGGAUUGGGACAAGUCCUCCGACUCCGCAAGACCGAGGUCGGCUCGAGCACCAGCCGGGAAGACCUGAUCCUCCGGGCGAAGAAGGACGAGGAGUUCUUCAAGAACGUCGCCCGCCCUUUCCUGAGCCCACUUCUGACCGACGAGUCACAUCUAGUCAUCGUGGAACCCGCGGCGCUCAUGGCCUUCAAGGAGACCGUCGAGGCGCGGAGACCAGAGCGCCGUCGGGGCAAGGAGAUCAACAAGUAUGGAGUAGCUUGGAUAUGUCCUGACGCCGCCAGCGCCUUCAGCAAGAGACGCCUUACCUCCGACAACAUUUCCUCAGAUUCCUCUCUCACCCAUCAUCUCGCUAGUACUGCCCCCUUUGUGUCUUCCCUCCGCGAACGAUCCCCGUCCCCGCGACCGCCUGCGUGUUCCUGGGAGGGUGUCGAUGAGCGGCGGAAGGACCCUCUUGCCCACGCGGCGCUCCCCGAAGGAGUCGUCCGCGAUCUCAGGGAAUCUCAUCAAGCCUCGAGUACAAAUGGCACGUACGGCGGCGCCCUCGAGGGGGGCACGGGGACGGGAGCUUCUAGUCGACGCCCUCGGGAGACCGAAUCGGCCGAGAGGAGCCUUCGCCCUAGGGCUGAAGGGCAGGGGCACCCGCAGGCCAAGGUCAUCUGCGUGGAAAUCAAGCCCAAGCAAGGUUACAUCGAUCACUCUACGCCCGGUCUUCCCAUGUGUGUCUUUUGUAUCAACCAGUAUGUUAAGCCCGAAAAGUGCCGAGACCGAAGUCGUUACUGCCCUCAGGACUUGUUCUCAGGGGAUUUGACGCGGAUGAGACGCGCGGUUGACGCUCUCAUACAGACUCCACAGACGAAUCUGAAGGUGUUCGUGGACGGGGAAGCCGUUGAGGACAUCAAACAUUAUAGUUACCUGCGUGACGUGAUUAUUUCGGCUCUCACACACGACUUCGAAUCUCCAGUCGCCCUCUUGCCCCAGGGCGACGACCGAGGAGGAGGGGGGGCAGGAGGAGGAGGGCUCAGUCCCCGCUCUCCCCUCGGUAGGACCUUAGCCUUCCAAAUGUUGGACCAGCUGGGAGUCCUGAGGGCCAAUGCUCUCUACAGACGGCUGGCGAAGGAGAUGGGGAGCGCCAAGGACGCAGAUGCAGCCAUCCACGACCUCAGAUGCUGGACGGGAGACGGCCGAUACUGCCAGCUGCUGGAGCAGUGUGGUCGGUGCUGGCACAGCGGGCAGCCAUCCUCUCGGGACGAGGGGGGCGCGGAGGAGGCGGUCGAGACGUCGAGGGUUGGUGCUGGGGCAGGUGCAGCGUCGAAAUGCAAAGUGAAGGCCGUAGAUUCAAACAGUGUGACUGAACAUGAUGAUUAUUGCAACAAUAGAAAACACACGACAGCAACGCAUCACAGGCAGGAUACAGGUACAGAUAUGCACAACUCGGGUGUAAAAAGUAGGCCAAGAAUGAUACCCCCAGAAUUACUGGACGAAUCGCAUGGUGGAUCAAAGGAGGUUCAAGAAAAGGGAGAAGGCGGGGCAGACGACACCGUGGCUGUGCCGCGGUCGGAGGUGGUCCGAAGACUGCAGGAAUUUCUCCUGGCCACGACAGCCAAGGACCUGUCGCUGAUGGUUCUGCUGAGUGGCCCUCACACCAGCCCGCCGCCGCCCGCAACCUGUGGCAACGUCUCGCCCUUCCCCGUGGCACUCGAGAGCGUGUGGUACAUGUGCCAAGUGACGGGGGUCGACCUCAUCGCCAAACCCCCGAGCAAGAUCAGGAAGCGAGAGCGAGACCACAAGAAGCAGGCGGACGUCUUGCGGGACCUCCUAGCGAGAGGCGCCGAGCCUUCUUGCUGCAAACCCUGAAAUCUGUGUUAUGUUAUGCAUUUGCUAUUGUUGAUCAGUUGUUUUUUAAGUGCUGUGAUGGUGAUAUGCAGGCGACAGAGAGUGAUAAUGAUGUUUCUUAAAAAAAGGGAACUUCAGUGUGGUCUCUGCGAAUUGCUGAAGUUCCCUUCGAGUUCAUUAUCAAGCCAUAAUUUUAUAUUAGUAUAUUUCGUACUAUUUUUAUAUGUUUCAUUCAAGUGCCAUUGAUUUCUCGUCUUGCCUUUUUAGUGUACAAGAGCGUCAUAGAAAUAUUCAUGUUGUCUAAGGAAACUGGCCGAGAGAAUGUCUCCAACUUGCGAUGUGUAGAGUAGUUACCAGGUUUCCUUUCGUGCCAAAAUAGGUAGUUCAAUUUAUUAGCUAUUAUUUUAUUGUCCAGGUGUUAAA